GAAAGGGCUCGCAGGUUUAGACACUGCAGAUCAAAUAACCAUUCAGUUCAACAAUGCUUUAGAAAAUGAUAGAUUCAGAAGGGCAUCCAGAAUAAGACCAGCCCAAAUCAAAGAUGUCAUUGUACAAGCAAAAACCCCUCCGACAAUACCUUCGACAAAAGAAGAAGAGAUUCUACUCAAGAAAUUAGACCUAGAAGCAUUUAUAGUUAACGCACUUAUCAACAAAAACUUCAAUCGUUCACCAACCGAGAGUUUAAGUUGUCCUAACAAUCUAAGAAAUCUUAAAGAACUUGAACUUGAGGCUGCUUUAAAAGAGGAAUGGAAUAAAAUUCCUCAAAGUGUUUUAAUGAAUUUGAUUGAAAGCAUGCCUAGUAGAAUUCAGGCUUGUAUAAAGAGCAAAGGAUACCCAACUAAAUAUUAA